GUUUGCUGAUCCAUAGAGCAGGGAGCUUAGAAAAAAAAGAUUUCAAUAAAAUAACAUAACACAUUUUGGAAUUUGUUUCUUUUGUGUAACUGACCUAUUUAUUCCCCCAAUAUGUUAUAGGCUAUAAGAAAGUAUAAUAAGUUAUUUUUGAAGAAUUGAACUAAAACCAUAUAUUAUUCAGUUCACGACUGAAUUUAUUAGAGGACUAAUUAGAAAGUCUGCCCACUGAAAUACCCUGUUAAGACAAAACGUUUCACCAACCUUCUCUUGUUUUAUUACCAUUUUAGCAUAACUAUCAUGAGACAAUGUCUUUACAUCAUAAUCCGUAUCGAGUUCGCUACUUCGCUAGCUACCAUGUAUCUGAUUCACUGCAAUGAAUUUAGUAUUCCCCUCGUCGAUACUGGCUGUUGUCAAGCCGCUACAUGUGGAUUGAAGAUACACGUAACUAUGUACGUUCAUAAGAGCGCAAAAAUCCAUACUCGCAUAGGUUUAAUAAUCGGAAACUAUCCCCUCCAAUACAUCGAACAUGUUAUGCAUUUCCUUGCAACUAUUUUGAUGAAAUCUCUGCAUUGUUUUUGGCGGGAAGUAGCCGCGGAGUAGCCCGGGUGUGCUCUCAAUAGCGACUGUUGUAUAAUUUUAGAGAAUGGAGAUUUUGUUUUGGUCCACCAGUGCCGCGGCGGUGGUUCGUGGCAUUUCAUAUCGUUGCAAGUCGGUUUCGCUCGCUAUUAUUUCUAUGGCGACGUUGCCGUUCCGUCUAGUAGAUCGGGCUCGAUUCUCGGUCGGCCCGCCGCGGUUGGAGGCGCUGUGAGCAGUCAGUCGGCCGCGCAGCUCGGUGCGCGACGUUUGUCCGAGGAAGGGCUCCGCUUGCGUCCCUCCAGUCCCGGCCUGACAGUGUCGUGGGUGCGAAAGAGAUAGCAUUGAGUGCGAGCGAGAUAGCGCUAUGGCAGUGUCGCAACCUCGCCCACCUGACCGUGUUGACGCCGCGCUCGAAAAAGUUGCGCCGUUGCGCUAUUUGGAGGCGCACGAAUGUGCUCGCUUGGAGCAAGCCGUGACGCGCUAUUAUCUUUAUUCAUUGUCUCGAAACUGUUUUUUGAGUUAUAAAAGGCGUUUUCUACAUGUAAUUGAAGACAUCGACGUGCCUGCAUUUAACAUUCAGCGGUGAUCGUGUGAUGGGAAAUCACUGAUCAUCGAUUAUGAUGAAACGGACAGGAGUCCCGCGGCUCGGGCCUGAUGAGCCCGCGCCCCUGCCUCCCCAGAAUCAAGCUCAGAUUCAACAAGCUGGUGCAAGCAAUAUGCACACUUUGGCCCAGUCGGCCCAACCUCAAAUCUUGGACAUCCGUUCCCCAGCGGGGCCAGCCACUCUUCUUUCGGUCGGUAGCAGUGGAAGCUUCGCCCGCACAGGCGCUCGGCCCUCAGGAGGUGGUCCCGUUAUCAACUACCUGAAGACCAGCGCCGUGCAGUAUGCUGCGAAGCAGCCGCCGCCGCCGCAACAAGUACCCCAGAGGCUCAAGCAGGCCUUACCACCCCAGCAGCCGAACUUAGGAGCAUUGCCAGCAGCUUUAGGUCGCCAGUCACCGGCCCCAGCGCCCCUGGCGACCCCGCCGGGCGUGGCAGUGGGACCGGGCGCCCAGCAACAACAAGCUGCUGGCCAAUUCCAACGACUGAAGGUGGAAGAUGCUCUGUCUUACCUUGAUCAAGUCAAAUACAAAUUCAAUACGCAACCACAAGUUUAUAACGACUUUCUGGAUAUCAUGAAGGAGUUUAAGAGUCAAACUCUGUAUUGCAGUAUCGACACCCCGGGAGUCAUCACCCGAGUAUCAAACCUGUUUAAAGGGCAUCCUGAAUUGAUUGUGGGAUUCAACACUUUUUUGCCGCCUGGAUAUAAAAUCGAAGUUCAGAGCAAUGGACAGGUGUCUGUAUCAAUGCCGUCUCCCACGGGGUUCGGUGGUAGCAGCGGCAGUGGCGGCAGUAGCAACGUCUUGUUGGGGGUUCAACACCCGCCGCCACCGCCCCAACCACAACUGGUUCAUCUCCUCCCAGUAGCUCAGGAAGCUGAAAAAGAAGCUGUGCGGCGCGCCGGGGGCCCGUACUCUAACAUGGAAAUGUCUGUGAACAACGCGAUCGUUCACAAUCUAUCCGUGAACGCGGCGCCUACUAACACGCUGCAUCAGAUCUCGCAGGCCCAUCAACAACUAGAGGCAGCCGCUAUUCACCAUGCUGCUGGGCCCGGGUCGGCCCAGCCAGCAAACUCGUCGCACCCCGCCCCCGCACCGCCUAGCCAACCAGUGGAAUUCAACCAUGCUAUUGAAUAUGUUAAUAAAAUUAAGUCCCGGUUUUCGAGACAACCGGAUAAGUACAAGAGGUUUUUGGAAAUUCUGCACGCGUAUCAACGCGGACACCGGGAGACGAAGGAGCCUCAAGCUAAGCAGCAAACGGAACAGGAAGUGUAUGCUCAGGUGGCGAAAUUAUUUGAAAACCAAGAUGAUUUGCUGGCGGAAUUCGGUCAGUUUCUUCCUGAUGCUAAGGCAGUAACCAAACCUGUACCAGAGAGCCGCGAGCGACACUACCCACAUGUACGCUCGCCACCUGUGCCAGCACAUCAUCAGCCCCGCGCGGAGCCGGAGCCGGAGCGGUACCCGGCGGCGGGCAGCCCGCCGCACGCGGCGCACGCGGCCCACCCGCACCACGGCCCACAUCACCACCAUGCUCCGCAACUGACUAAGCACCCAGGUUCCACAUCGAGCUCGGUGUCAGCUCCACCACAACCACACCAUCAUCUCAAACGAUCUCCUAGCUUUACGUCAUCCAGUCAGAUGGCAGUCGGCGCGCCCCCGGCAAAGAAGUCUCGUGUAUCAGGUCUGACGGGAGCUACGGUCCGCGACGUCUCGUACGCGGAAGCCUCGAAGCUGGCCACGGUGCACGAGUUCAAUUUUUUCGACAGGGCCCGCAAGGCUUUGAGGUCGCAACAUGUCUAUGAUAACUUUUUGAGAUGUCUAUUACUAUUUACCAACGAGAUAAUAUCAUCGUCGGAGCUGCUGUCAAUGACGGCCCCGUUCCUAUGCCGUCACCCUGAGCUCCAGAAGUGGUUGCAGGAUUUCCUCGGACCACCAUCACCCCCACAUACUCCCACCAAUACUUUGCAUAGUGGCGCCAGCUACACCAGCGCGCCAUUCGGCGGAGCGAGCAACGUAGUGUUCGAGCGCGAGCGGCCCGCGGCCGCCGACGCCAAGCUGCGCUACGAGCCCAUCGGCCCGCUCGGCGCCCAGCUGCGGCACGACCGCCCGCAGGGGGACGCCGCCAUGGACAUCGAUUUAUCAACGUGCAAGCGCCUGGGCACGUCGUACUGCGCGCUGCCCCGCGAGGCGGCGGCGCGGCGCUGCUCGGGCCGCACGGCGCUGUGCCGCGAGGUGCUCAACGACACCUGGGUGUCCUUCCCCACCUGGAGCGAGGACUCCACCUUUGUCACCAGCCGAAAGACUCAGUACGAGGAAUAUAUCUAUCGCUGCGAGGAUGAGAGGUUUGAGCUGGACGUCGUAAUAGAAACCAACGCGUCAACGAUCCGUGUACUGGAAGGAGUACAGAAGAAGCUCGCGCGCAUGACGCAGGACGACGCCAACAAGUACCGCCUGGACGACUGUCUCGGCGGACACUCGCCCACCAUACACCAGAGGGCGCUGCGCCGGAUUUACGGUGAUAAGGUGGCUGUGGACAUUAUAGCCGGUUUGAAGAAGAACCCCACAGUCGCCGUGCCAGUCGUUCUACGCCGACUGAAGGCCAAAGAAGAUGAAUGGCGGGAGGCGCAGAAGGGCUUCAACAAGCAAUGGCGCGAACAAAAUGAGAAAUACUACUUAAAAUCUCUUGACCAUCAAGGAAUUAACUUCAAGCAGAAUGAUCUGAAAGCAAUGCGGUCGAAAUCUCUGUUUAACGAAGUCGAGUCUGCGUUCGCGGCGCGGAGGCCUGGCCCUCAUGUUGUGCUUGAUUACAACAUGCAAAGUCGGCAGGAAGCAAUAAAAAUCCUUCGCGAUACAGCGGAGCUGCUAAUCCACCACGCUCGACGUCAGACCGCCAUUCAAAAGACGGAGAAGCGUCGCAUCAAACAACUGCUCAGACACUUUCUGCCUGAUCUUUUCGCUCAUCCACGACAACCCUUGUCUGACGAUGAGAGGGAUGAAGAAGAAAAAGACGAGGCUGGUAGUCCGGGAAGUCCAACCACGGAGAAUCCGGAAGACAAGAAUACUGAUGAUGUUAAACAGGAGAAACAAGAGUCAUCAGAAUCUGACAACGCUUCAGACAAGAGCGGUAAAAACAAUAAGAAUAAAGAAAACAAACCCAAGAACAAUAAUAAUACGGAUAGCAAAGAAAGCUCAAUUGGAUCAGCAAAUAGCGUGAAGCGCACUAGUAGUAAUGAGGAAAUGUCAAUGAAGACUGAUAUUAAGUCGGAGCCGCAAGAUGUCGAGGAAGACUAUAGAGAUCAUCCGCCUAAUGAGGCUCGGUUUGUGUGCACGUCGUCGUGGUACCUAUUCCUGCGCGUGCACGGCGCGCUGUGCCAGCGCCUGGGCGCGGCCCGGCGCGCCGCCGCCGCCCUGCAGCGCGCGCGCAACGCCGAGCGGCCCGCGCGACCGCCCGUCGCCCACGCGCUGCGCCUGCGGCGCGCGCGGGCGCCCGGCUACACGCACAACGCGCACUCGCAGGCGGCGCCGGCGCAGCCCGCGGUGCACGCGCGGCGCAAGCCCCCGGACUGCGGCGCGCCGCGCCUGCUGGCCUUCCGUCCGCUGCAGCUGUACCGGCGCGGCUGCCUGGCCGCGGCGCGCGCCUCGCAGCCCCGCCAGGCCGCGCGGCGCCGCGACACGUUCCGCGCCUGGCUGCGCGACCGCGCGGCGCCCUAGCGCUCCGCCCCCCUCGCCGCCGACACGUUUUAGUGCCGCGACCACGGACUCUGCUAUAGUGCGCCUAGUACGCCUGUCUUACUGUAAAUAUUCGACAGUCAGUGAUAGUGUUACGACCUUGUUAACAGAUCACAUAUUAUUAUAUUUAUAAUAAAGUGUAUGUGUUUCAUUUACACACCUCACAUGUUCAAUGCGCAAUAAACUCUGAUUUAUAGUCUUUGAUGUGAAAGACAAUCGAUUCCUAAAUAUUUAAAUACAUUGUAUAUAUAAAAUAUGUCGUUAAAACAAUACAAUGAAUGUAUACACUUCAAAAUAACUCAUACGAUACAUUCUUAUAGGAAUGACAUAGUUCUUGACGAAAAUAUUUGUUUUUUAACACUUAUAUAUGUCUGGUAGACACUAUAAAUCUAGUCAUUCAUGAUUGUUAAACUAAAAUACAUAUGUAGAUUUUUGACUUCAAAAUGUUGUAAUUACUACAGAAUUCUGACUGACUGGUAGAGUAAUGUUAAUUACGAGUGCCGAGCAUAAAAUAUCUGUUUCAAUCCAUAUUUUGGAUUAUAAUGUAAUUUGUCAACAAUAUCUCUAGAUUUGUGUGACUGGUAUUUGGUAAUAGGCCUACUGCAACGCGAUUGUUAACAACUUCAAAAAUCUCUCGGACAUAAUUUUGUCAAUGAUUCGUGGCCGUCUUAUUACUUUGCUCUGCUCCUUUAAAACGAAAAGCGUGAUUUUAUGUAUAUAAUUUACCUCUGAUGACGAUUGCAGUGUAUACAAAGUACUAUCUGACUAUAUGGUGAACAAAUCCAUGUAAUUAUUGUAAAAAUUGUCUAUAAUACAGACGCUAGCAUCUCAACCUAUCCAUAAUGUUGAAUUCCUCUUGCAAAAUGUAAAAUAAUAUAUUUAAAUUGAGACAGUUUGGUUGGACUCCUCUCAAUAAUGUAAAAUAUAGGUAAUAUUUAUUUUAAAUGGGAUAGUUUGAUUUGCAUGUCUGUCUGAACACAAAUUUCUUCAAUCUCAUUGUUAUAGUGAAAAAUACUCGAAUUCAUUAUUUGUAUUUAUUGUAGAGAAAAAUGAAAAAUUGAACUUGCAGCGUAAUCACUGUACUGUCUAAUAUGUAUGUAAAUAUGAAAAAAAGAAAAGUAAGACAGAAUUUUUAAUUUUUUAAUAAAAGUAUUACAAAUA